AUGGAAUUCAUUCUCUUGGGGUUUUCCGAUAUGCCUCAGCUCCAGUGGGUUCUUUUUGGCAUAUUUUCAUUCAUCUAUUUGACUAUUCUAAUGUGCAACGGCAUAAUAAUACUAAUAACCAGAAUGGACCCUGUCCUUCAGACGCCCAUGUACUUUUUCCUCAGCCAUUUUUCCUUUUUGGAAAUCUGUUAUGUCACAGUCACUAUCCCAAGAAUGCUCAGGGACCUUUGUACCCAAAAAGGAACCAUUUCUCUUUUUGCCUGUGCUGCGCAAAUGUGCUUUGUCCUUAUGCUGGGAGGCAUGGAGUUCCUCCUGCUGACAGUGAUGGCCUAUGACCGCUACGUGGCCAUCUGCAACCCUCUGAACUAUGCCCUGAUCAUGAACCACAAGGUCUGCGCCCAGCUGGUGGCUGCCUCCUGGAUCAGUGUCAUUCCAGUCGUGAUCGGACAAACCUAUCAGAUUUUCUCUUUGCCCUUUUGUGGGUCUAACAGGAUCAACCAUUUCUUCUGUGACAUUCCACCCGUGCUCAAGCUUGUCUGUGGUGAUGCGUUCGUGAAUAAGAUGGCAGUCCACGUGGCUGUGGUCGUCUUUAUCGUGGCUCCUUUCCUGUUGAUCAUGGUCUCCUAUGGCAAAAUCAUCUCCAACAUUAUGAGAUUGACCUCAGCCAGAGGCAGGUCGAAGGCUUUCUCCACGUGCUCUUCUCAUCUGAUAGUGGUUGUCUUAUUUUAUGGAACAGCCAGCAUCACUUAUUUAGAGCCCAAACCAAAUCAAUAUGAAGGGAUGGGAAAACUGCUCUCUCUUUUCUACACCAUUUUGGUCCCUACUUUGAAUCCACUCAUCUAUACUCUGAGGAACAAGGAUAUUACCGUGGCACUGAAGAAACGGUUGCAUAAGUUACUGGCAUGA